CCGGCGAUCGGGAAGACUCCCCAGCCUCUUUUCGCACUUCCUCUUAGCGUGGGACUGUUGGCGGAUUCUUCUGUCUUUCUGUCCGGCCCUCCUGCCCUUCCCCUGACAUCGCCUCUGCCCUCGCCCCUCAGGUUCUUUCUAUCAUUUUGCAUAACUUCCAAGUGGACUAUGAAAGAUUAUGAUGAACUUCUCAAAUACUAUGAAUUAUAUGAAACUAUUGGAACAGGUGGCUUUGCAAAGGUCAAACUGGCCUGCCACAUCCUCACUGGAGAAAUGGUGGCUAUAAAAAUCAUGGAUAAAAAUGCACUAGGGAGUGAUUUGCCGAGGAUCAAAACAGAGAUUGAUGCCUUAAAGAAUCUUAGACAUCAGCAUAUAUGUCAACUCUACCAUGUGUUGGAGACAGACAAUAAAAUAUUCAUGGUUCUUGAGUACUGCCCUGGAGGAGAACUGUUUGACUACAUAAUUUCCCAUGAUCGCCUGUCAGAAGAGGAAACCCGAAUUGUCUUUCGUCAAAUAGUAUCUGCAGUUGCUUAUGUGCACAGCCAGGGCUAUGCUCACAGAGACCUCAAACCAGAAAAUUUGUUGUUUGAUGAAUAUCAUAAAUUAAAGCUGAUUGACUUUGGUCUCUGUGCAAAACCCAAGGGUAAUAAGGAUUACCAUCUGCAGACAUGCUGUGGGAGUCUUGCUUAUGCAGCCCCUGAGUUAAUACAAGGCAAAUCAUAUCUUGGAUCGGAGGCAGAUGUUUGGAGUAUGGGCAUACUCUUCUAUGUACUUAUGUGUGGGUUUCUACCAUUUGAUGAUGAUAAUAUCAUGGUUUUGUACAAGAAGAUUAUGAGAGGGAAAUAUGAUGUUCCCAAGUGGCUCUCUCCUAGUAGCAUUCUGCUGCUUCAACAGAUGUUGCAGGUGGACCCAAAGAAACGGAUUUCUAUGAGAAAUCUGUUAAACCAUCCCUGGAUCAUGCAAGAUUACAACUGUCCUGUGGAAUGGCAAAGUAAGAAUCCUUGGCAAUACGACCACCUCACAGCCACCUAUCUUCUGCUUCUAGCCAAGAAGGCACGGGGAAAACCAGUUCGAUUACAACUCCCUUCUUUUUCCUGUGACCCUGCCAGUACCACCCCAAAGUUUACCAAGCAAUGGACAGAAUCAAAUGGUCUAGAGUCGAAAUCAUUAACUCCAGUAUUAUGCAGAGCAUCUGCCAAUAAGUUAAAGAACAAAGAAAAUGUAUACACUCCUAAGUCUACUGUAAAGAAUGAAGAGCAUUUUAUAUUUCCCGAGCCUAGGACCCCAGUUAAUAAGAACCAGCAUAAAAGAGAAGUUCUAACAACACCAAAUCGUUACACUACGCCCUCAAAAGCUAGAAACCAGUGCCUGAAAGAAACCCCAAUUAAAACACCAGUAAAUUCAGCAGGAACAAACAAGCUAACGACAAAUGUCAUUAGCCCUGAAAGGCGGUGCCGCUCAGUGGAACUGGGUCUCAACCAAGCACAUUUGGAGGAUACUCCAAAAAGAAAAGGAACCAAAGUGUUUGGGAGCCUUGAAAGAGGACUGGAUAAGGUUAUCACUGUGCUUACCAGGAGCAGAAGGAAGGGCUCCUCCAAAGAUGGCCCAAGAAGGCUAAAGCUUCACUACAAUGUGACUACAACCAAAUUAGUGAAUCCUGAUCAACUCUUGAAUGAAAUAAUGUCUGUUCUUCCAAAGAAGCAUGUGGACUUUAUACAAAAGGGCUAUACACUGAAGUGUCAAACACAGUCAGAUUUUGGCAAGGUGACAAUGCAGUUUGAACUAGAAGUGUGCCAACUUCAAAAACCCGACGUGGUGGGUAUCAGGAGGCAGCGGCUUAAGGGUGAUGCCUGGGUUUACAAGAGAUUAGUGGAAGAUAUCCUAUCUAGCUGCAAGGUGUAAUUGAUGGAUGGUUUCCAUCCUGCCAGGAUGAGUGUGGGGGUGAGACUGGGGUGAUUGGUUUGAUUUUCAAAGUCCAUUAGAACUACAAACUCGUUUCUAAAGACCAAUGCUUUCUUGUUUUUAAACAAAAAAAAGUAUUUCCUGGGUGAAUCUAAGGCAAGCCCAUCUGUCAUUAUCUGUUACUGUCUUUUUUAAUCAGGUGGCUUUGUAUAUUAAUAACUGUUGACUUUCCUAGUUUCACUUCUAUAAGAGAAUGUAAGCUCUUAUCUAUGUCUCCUUUUGAUGUAUGAUUUCUUUCUGAAA